AGAGAUUCGCGGUUUCGCGUGCGGCUGGUUCGCUGUUGCCGCGAUUGCUGCGUUGCGACAGCUGACGCAUUCGCUGGUUGGUUUGCACGUUGGUUUGGUUGACAGCCAUGCCGGAGAAGCUAGCCGGCUACGAGUUCUGGAAGCGGACGCUGAAGAGCCCCCGCUACGUGGUGGCUCCGAUGGUGGACCAGAGCGAGCUGGCCUGGCGACUGUUGGGCCGGCGACACGGCGCCCAGCUGUGCUACACGCCGAUGCUGCACGCCAGCGUGUUCCUCAAGGACCCCAAGUACCGCAGGGACGCCCUGGCGUCGUGCGACGAGGACCAGCCGCUCGUCGUGCAGUUCUGCGCCAACGACCCCGAGGUACUGGUCCAGGCAUCGCGGCUGGUGGUGGGCCACUGCUGCGCGGUGGACCUAAACCUGGGCUGCCCCCAGGCCAUCGCCCGGGCCGGACACUACGGGGCCUUCCUGCAGGACGACUGGGACCUGCUCGCACGCAUUGUGCAGCGAGUGCACACGCAAGUGGACGUCCCCAUCACUUGCAAGGUGCGCGUCUUCCCUGAGGUGGAGAAAACUGUCCGUUACGCCCAGAUGCUCGAGGCAGCGGGAUGCCAGGUGCUGACCGUCCACGGACGGACGCGGGAGCAGAAGGGGCCCCACACGGGACUGGCCAGCUGGGAGCACAUCCGUGCCGUCAAGCGCAGUGUGAAGAUCCCCGUGAUUGCCAACGGCAACAUCCAGUACCUGGAGGAUGCUGAGCGAUGUUUGCGGGAGACUGGGGCUGACGCCGUCAUGUCGGCAGAGGGCCACCUGCACAACCCGUACCUGUUCACGGGGCGCCUGGCCCCAGUGUGGGAGGCUUCCCUGGAGUACCUGCACCUGGUGCGGGACCACCCGUGUCCGGCCUCCUACGUCAGGGGGCACCUCUUCAAGCUCAUGCACCACUGCCUGACCAUGGCGGAGAACGUGGACCUGCGGGAGAAGCUGGCCAAGGCCAGCGCUCUCGAGGCCUUCGAGGAGGUGGCCCUGAGGCUCAGGGACCGGCUGCAGUCAAGGACGUGGGAGCCGGAGCCAGGGUCUGCGCAGGCGAGCCUUCCGUUCCCGCCCUGGAUCUGCCAGCCCUACGUCCGGCCAGACCCCGUGGAGGCUGCCCAGACAAAGCGCGACCUCAGCGCUGAGCACCGCCGGCUCCUGGAUGCCCUCUCUGGUGUGGACUUGGACUUGCGGUCGCUGUCGAGAAAGCAGCUGAAGCGGCUGCGCAGGAACCCCAGCAGGGCCCUGGGCCCCCGGGAGCAGCUGCAGGCAUGCCUGGACCACUGCCCAAACCCUAGGGCUGCCAAGUGCCCGUAUGGUCUGUGCAAGCCCUGCUGCAAGACAAAGGUCAAGGAGCUCCGACGGAACUGCGAGGGUCACGACUUCUUCUUCGAGGCAAGUGCACGGAAGGAGAUACAGAAGCUGAGACGGAGGGAGGAGCCCCAGGCGGCUGCGCCGGUUUCCGAGGACUCGAACGGCGCCGACGAAUCACGGGGCGGGAAAGAUGUGGCUUUUCUGUCUCCCUGAUCCCUUCACGUUGUCCGUCCGUCGCGGAGGUUCUGCCCGGGACUACGGCGAGACGAAUUUUAUCCGACGGCGAAAGUGGAGUCUCGAUCGAACAUUGGGUUUAGGAAAACAGUGCCUGCAACGCACUUGGUCGGACACCCUCUCAGUGGACGAUGGAACUGUUCCUUCGCCGCAUCUUUCUGCCAUUGAGAUGCCCUAUUGUUUGUUUAGAGAUGUAUAAAUUCGACAUUUAAAGCGCUGCUGUUGCUAGCGCUCUUCAUCGUCUGCUCUGUUGGGAAAGGAAUGCAUCUCAAGGACUGCAGCAACCCAGAGUUGUUUGUGCUCGGAACGUCAUCCAUGGUACGCUUUUCGGUUUGAGGCGUUAGAUCUUGAGGUGCCGUUCGGCAUUUAAUUGUUUGACAGAAAUCUUGCUGGCUGGGGGAAUUAUGCUUA